UCGGUUAAGUGACGGUUGUGUGUAGCAACGUAGCCUUUCAUUUCUAGUUGGUCACUUAUUUAUCUCUCAUAGGCCCAUAGCAUCGGGUUUGAAAAGUAACUAGAUGCUGAUUCACUCAACUAGUGCUCAAACUGAUUAGUUAAAAUGAGUUGUAGUUUUUUAUCCUCUAAACUUAGCCUUGGUGGCGAGUAUGCCAAAUACAGAUCAAUGCUUCGUGUCAGAAAAGCGGAACACUUCCAUGUUUUAUUUUCAAUACUUCUACUUAUGAUGAUCACUUCAAAGGUGGAAGGCGGUCAGUGUAUAUGGCACGGCGAGUGCGGUAACCAGGGCCGCAGCAGCAACGUAAACUGCGCCUACAACGGCAGCGCGACGCUGCUGCCUGCCGCAGCUACCGACAUGCUGAGACAGGCGUGUCCGGAGCUGCUAGCUGAAUACGGCUCCGGUCCAGUGGAGACGUGCUGCGACGCUGAACAAGUCCUAGGACUGUCCAACUCCUUGAACCUUAUGAAGAUGUUACUGGCGCGCUGCCCUGCGUGCAUGCGUAACAUACGCAUCCCUUUCUGCUACAUGACGUGCUCUCCCACACAUUCCUCAUUCCUCAAGCCCACGCAGUACUCCCCUGCUAACUUCAAACAUAAGCCUGACACGCAGAUGGUGACAGCCAUCGACUUCUACAUCUCACGGGGCUUCGUGGAGGAGAUCUACAGCUCCUGUAAAGAUGUCGUCAACCCGUCUACCAAUGGCCGUGUUAUGGAAAUGUUCUGCGGUAAGUGGGGGGCGGCGCAGUGUUCGGGAGAACGUCUCUUUGACUACCUGGGGGACUACGAACAUAACGAGCACACGCCCCUCGGCAUCCGUUACGUCUACACCGACCCUGGCGACCUGUUGCCCCCGGGGGUGGAGCCCUUACAGCACCAGGCACAGCACUGCAGUGCUCAGCUCGAGUCGAGCCUGGCGUGCACAUGUGCGGACUGCGAGCGGUCAUGUCCCGUGAUACCGGAGCGGUGGGAGGACGGCAGCGGCACCCCGUGGCUCAUGUUUGGCUACGACGGCCUGGCCGUGGCCAUGUGUCUUACUGCCAUCCUCUGCAGCGCUGUCUUCCUUGUACUCUUUGCUUACUGCCAUAAGAGGAACAAGAAAUAUAAAGCGGUGAUGGUGGAGCGCAGUCUACGUAACCACGAAGAGUUCCGGUCCGCGGUCGCGUCUCGCCUCGCGCAGAUGAACCACAACAAGCCCCAGUUCUCCGGAGAGGAUGAGAACGCGCUGCUCAAUGGUCGUCCCGUAGAGGAGCUGCCGGAGUGCGUGACGCGCGAAGAGCUCACCCUCAGCGACCGCCUCUCCUCGUGGACGCAGAGCGCCGUUGACACGCUCUUCCAGAAGUGGGGCACGUUUUGCUGCAGUAACCCCUGGAAGGUGAUGGUGCUGGGUGCUGCUCUGGCAGGUGCCCUCUGUGUAGGCAUCAUGUACCUCGACAUGACCACGGACCCCGUGGAGCUCUGGGCCUCCCCCACCUCCAAGUCCCGCCUCGAGAAGGAUUAUUACGACACAAACUUCGAGCCUUUCUACCGCACCGCUCAGAUCUUCAUCAGACCUGUCGGAUACGAGAGUUUUGAGCACAACAACCUGACCUUUGGGCCAGUUUUCAACAAGAGCUUCCUGCGUGAGGUGCUACGUCUACAGGAUCAUAUUCAAUAUAAGCUGGAAGGCAAAAUGGAAGGAAUGGUCGAGCCAUCAAAGCUGGACAACAUCUGCAACAAACCACUGGCGCCUGACAACAUCAACUGCAACAUCCAGAGCGUCCUCAACUACUGGCAGAACGACGAGAGCAAACUCGACUCUUCCGACGUGCCCAUGCACGCCCUCAAGUGCAUCAACAAUCGUUACUUCCCCGAGUGCCUCGGGACCUACGGAGGCCCAGUCCUGCCCCACGUUGCACUAGGAGGUUUCCUAGCCCCCCAGCAAGCUCUCAGUGACGACCCUGACUAUUUGGCCGCUGACACCCUCGUCAUCACCUUCCUUAUUGACAACUUCUACAACAAAACCAAACUUCUUCCUGCCCUAGCCUGGGAGAAGAGCUUCAACGAGUUCUUGUUGGAGUACAACAACCCUUCCCUGGACAUUGCGUUCCGCUCAGAACGUUCCAUCGAAGACGAGCUGGAGCGCAUGAGCAAGAGUGACGUACCGACCGUCAUCGUCUCGUACGUCAUCAUGUUCAUCUACAUCGCCCUCGCUCUCGGCCGUACUGACCAGCCCAGCAGGCUACUCGUGUCGACGAAGGUGACGCUGGGGCUGGGCGGCGUGCUCAUCGUGCUGCUGUCGGUGUUCGCUGCCGUGGGCUUGUAUGGCUUUGCUGGGGUGCCAUGCACGAUGCUUAUCAUCGAAGUCAUACCAUUUCUGGUGCUGGCUGUUGGUGUUGAUAAUAUCUUCAUCUUGGUUGAAGCUUACUCAGCCCUCGAUGCUAGUGAGCUGUCGCAGCUGAGCGGCGCCGCCCGUGACCGCAAGAGGGCGCAGCUGAUGGGCGCCGCCGUGGGCGACGUGGGACCGUCCAUGCUCUUGUCGUCCCUGUCGCAGGCCUGCUGCUUCUUCCUGGGUGCCUUGUCCGACAUGCCAGCAGUGCGGGCGUUCGCGCUGUACGCGGGUAUGUCGCUUCUCAUCAACUUCGUCCUGCAGAUGUCGCUCUUCGUCGCGCUCUUCUCCUUAGAUGUUCGCAGAGAAGAGUCCAACCGCGUAGACGUGCUGUGCUGCAUCAAGAAGAGCAAGAGCCUAGAAGUGGGCCAAGAGACGCGGUUCUUGCCACGCGUCUUCGAGGAGAACUACGCUCCGUUCCUGAUGCGGCCGUGCGUACGAGCCCUCGUCGUGGUCGUCUUCUUGUUCUGGGUGUGCGCCUCCAUCGCCAUGGUGCCUCAUAUUAAAGUCGGACUCGAGGAGGAACUCUCCAUGCCUGAUGAUUCUUACGUGCUUAAAUAUUUCGAGUACCUCGAGAAAUACGGCUGCGUGGGCCCUCCCGUAUACUUUGUCCUCAAACACGGUUACAACUUCACUGACUACGAUAUGCAGAACAAGGUAUGUUCACAUCUUGGCUGCAACAAGGACUCGCUCGUGAUCCAGAUCAAGCUAGCGUCUCAGGUCCCUAACAGAACAUUCAUCGCUGUUCCUUCCAGCGCUUGGAUUGACGAUUAUUUUGAAUGGAGUCUCGAGCCUCGCUGCUGUCGCCUCUUCGCAAACCAAUCCUUCUGCCCCCGAGGAUCAGAAGACUCGUUCGUAUUCCCUGAACAGGAAGCUGCUUCCUCAACCAUCGCACCCACACACGAAGAUGGCGGCAGCGACGAGUACAGCUAUGGGGAUCUCAAUGUGGAUUAUGCAGCGGCAGAUGUUGAUUUUGUCAACGAGCCUGAGGAGUACGACGAGUAUGAUUAUUCUUACGGGGACCACAAUCCCCUCUAUAACUAUGAUCCCCCGAAAACUUCCCCUAAACGCAAAGCAGUGCUAGAAAGUCCCACUACAAAGAAGCCAUCUUUUGAAACAACCGCCCGUACUACCACAACCACGAUAACUUCUACCACCAGAGCUGCUUCAACAUCGCAAUCACCUUCAUCAUCGGAACUCCGCGUGAUCGAGCCGACACAGCCACGUGUGAAGCGGUCUGGUCGCCUGGCGUCGGGGCCGCGACGCCGCAAGCAGACAAAGCUGUGCCACAGCUGCCCCAUCGACGCGCUGCCCUACAACGAGUUCAGACCAGACCCUGAGCUCUUCAAUGAAUACAUCGCUAUGUUCCUUAAAGAUAACCCAGACAUGCAGUGUCCUAAGGCCGGACACGCUGCUUAUAGCCAAAGCGUUAAAAUACGUGACGACGCGUCUGGCAGCGACGUGGUGGGUGCGUCAGUGUUUAUGACGUACCACACGGUGAUGCGCUCAUCACAUCACUUCUACGAGGCCAUGCGCGUAGCCAGGACCAUCGCUGAUAACAUCACGCGAACCCUCAACUUAGUUUCAGAAGACGGCGUUAUGGUUCCUGGAGACACUAACUAUGAAGUAUUCCCGUACAGUGUGUUCUAUGUGUUCUACGAGCAAUACUUGACGAUCUGGGAAGACACGGUGCGCAUGUUGGGUAUCUCCGUAAUGGCCAUCUUCGUGAUCACGCUCAUCAUGAUGGGUCUGGAUGUGGCGUCCUCUAUGGUCAUCAUGGUCAUGGUCGUGCUGAUCCUCACGAACCUGGGCGGCCUCAUGUACAUGUGGGACAUCUCCCUCAACGCCCUCUCGCUGGUCAAUCUCAUUGUUGCCAUCGGCAUCUCCGUGGAGUUUUGCUCACACACAACGCGUGCUUUUGCUGUGUCUGAAAAAGAGAACAGAAUAGAGAGAGCCAAGGCAGCCAUCAUCAAGAUGGGCCCGUCCGUGCUGAGCGGUAUCACGCUCAGUGACAUGGGAGUCGUCGUGCUAGCUUUUGCCAACUCACAAAUUUUCCAGGUGUUCUACUUCCGUAUGUACUUCGGCAUGGUUGUUAUUGGAGCCCUUCAUGGCCUCAUCCUCCUGCCUGUUGUGCUGAGCUUCGUAGGGCCAAGCAAGAGGGUAGUGAAGCCAUCACUUCCCGAGCGAGUUAAUAACCCCAGCGGUUCAGUGCAGCUUGACGAUAUACAAGGCGAGGAACUUGAUGAUCAGUUCCAGGAGCGACCAAACAAUACGUCGACUGCUAGAGUAGCCCAGGUGGCGUCCAAAAAGCGCUCAGUAUCUCCGAUUGUUGAAGACUUCCCUGAAGACAGCAGAAGUAAGAGUACUCCCGCUACUCCCAUUUCUUGCGUGAACUUGAGUUCUGACGGAAGCAAGUCUCUUCGUAGUUCCAAGAGCAACCUUAAUGCCAAAGUGCCUCGUGGAGGUGGAAAAUAUGGUAAACAUCACAAGGGCAGUGGUUUGACAUUAGAUGCCUCAAAUGCCGAUCAAAACAGCCUCAUUGCAGAAGAAGACGAAGGUUGUUUGGAGCAACCGGUAUUUUCCUCGAGAUAUGUUCGAGGCAUUGACAAUGCUGGGGAUGCUAACACCUCUCGUGUCUCGGCUUCAAACUCAAACUUGAGUUUCCGACUUUCCUCCGACUCUAGCCACAGCCUGGGUUGUCGUCCUGUCUCCUCGUCCAACUCAAACAUCAGCUUCAGGACCGCUAAUUCGGAAUCAGGCCACAUGCGCCUGUCGGGCAGCGUCCACUCAUCGUCUCCUGGUGAGGAGGGCAUCGCAGAAUCGCGCCCUGUCUCCACCUCAAGUACUCUUAAGAGCACGCGCAGCAGCGUGUCAGAUCACGUAAGACCGACUCCUCAGCGUUGGACUGGGGCUCAUAUUCGAUCAAGUGAGCCAUCUGAGACACAGAGCGCCACUAAUAUAAGGAGACUCUCUGCUAAUAUCAAUGUGAAUGGCACUUGCAAUGGCACACCCAGCAAGAAGAAUCUUGCUAAUGGGAUCGACAACGAGACGAGUUCCUUGAUGCAAAUUAAAGGUUUCAACCACAAUGAUUCUACGGUCGAAGGCAGCUUAGCAAACGGCUUUAACAAAGAUCCGCCCAGCAGAUCCAUGAGCAAUGAUCGCAAAAGACACAACAGCGAUCAAGGCUAUGCUGCUCGUCUUCACAACUCCACCCCUGCCCGAACCCCCGCCACGCUCGACAGGGGCACAAAGAUAACUUCGCGCACGCGAGAAUAGUUAGUGUUAGUUCCAGUAUAUGACACACUGUUCUUUCUGUGUGUUAUAAUCAUAUCCUCUUAUACCUGGACUGCUAUGUUAGGCUCAAUGUGAUCGUGAUAUUCUUAGAUGCAAAUACGACUUAUCGUCCAACAUCUUGGUCUCGACGUUGAGUUUAUGUAAAGAACAUUUCUGUGUUCACGUUACACCACUGGUAUAUAUAAGCGUUAUGAUAGGAUAACCCGCGUUGUAUAUCAAACUAUUGCUGAUGUUUGUCUUUUGUAAGUCUUUCAUUGCAGAAUUUUUGAAUGCGAUGUUUGAUGUGACGUAUAGUCAUUUUGAGAUUAAUCCCUUAAAGUUUGAUUACUAAAAUGCAUUUGCGAUAUUUAGUCAACAGCUGCGGUAGUUGAUGAUGAAGCUGCUGUGCCUUUCCGUUCAGCUUAAGAUAGUGCUAAGACUUUAGCUGGGUCUUGGUGUUAUUGAUAAUAUCUGAAUCUGGUAUUUCUAUUGUUUUUUGACUAAUGUAUUGCAGCAGAAGCAAACUAUCACAAUUCAUAAGCUUUACUUAACGCGAACUUCACCACAUCCCUUCCGAAAUUUUUCGUUACUAUUUCAUCUUCAAACUAAGAGAUCAUGCAUUGCAUUGAUGGUUGACACGACGGUGUUGAAGUAGGUUAUCGUUUUUUAAUAUAUUAUUUUGGUGCCAAAGAUAUUUAGAUUAUCUUCGAAAUCCUUACUGCGAAUAAUACCAGUUAUCAUUAAUCUAAACGGAAAUCUUGAACACAAUACAGUAAAGUCUUUGAGAUAUUUUCGAUAACUAACGUGCUAUAUUACUGUGCUUGCUCCAUCUUAUUUCAGAUUUAAUUUGUUUAACAAAUGUCUCAAUUUUGUCUAUCGUAUCUUCGAAUGUCUGUUUCUAACCUUUACUUUCUUACAUCAUGAGCGCGCAGUAAACCGCUCAUGCCUUCGACCGUGAAUGCUCUUGCUCUCUACAGCAGACCUUUUUAGGAAAAUUAAUAAAUUAAGAAACAGCCUAGGUCCUACGGAAAACUUUUUAAACAGGAUAUGUUUUUUUUCUCUGGUUGGUUGCCGUCUAUGCUCCAGACAAGUUCAUCGCGUUACCAGAAAAAGGUUCGCGUGUUUCUCGUUUCUAUACUAUUAACGCUAGCGUUUCUGUUCACAAGUCGUUACUUCUAACUUUUUGUUGCGUCUUAAUUGUAGGUUAAUCAUUUUCCUUGUAUUACUUACUUAUAUUUAUUAUUAUAAUUCAGCCAUUACUUCUGGAAGAUGAACCGUUUAUAGUUUAACUUGAAAGGUUUGUUCGUUUUGCCAUCAUCAAUGCAAAGUUCAAGAGUCUCUGCUUCACUAGGUGGAACUUUGUUGUUAAAGCUCACGUUUUUGAAGCUUAGCCUUUCUUAAUAUUUAUCUAGUGCAUCUAGUCGUCUCAGUAUAGCGACUAAAUAAACAUGAGAUCAAGUGAGAGAGAAGAAUUAUAUUUCGGCUUACAAAGAUGGUAUUUUGCGAACGGGAUAAAUUUUAUCUCAAGAUCUAAGAUUUUUUACUUGUGUCGAGCUGCAUCGAUAGCAGACAGCUCUGUAACCAACGGCUGUUCCCUCAAAUUGCUGCAGAAGUUUUAUUGAAAUUGUUUAUUAUUUAUUGCACUUGGUUAUUUUGUUGAUAGUUUCAUUAAUCUCGCCGUGCUGACUGUUUGUGCGAAUUAUUUCGUUCCUAAAAGAAGCUUCUACUUGUCAGAAUUAUUAAAAAUUGUUUGCAGUAUUUUCUAGUUUCUGGCUUCUAAAAGCUUUUUAAAGAACCUAAAUAACAUUUUUGGCCGCGUUUUGGGCAGCACCAGGACUGCCGUUGCUAUUCAUCGAGGUCUGUUACUGGAGAUUAGUUUAGAUUAGUGCAAUGGAAUUACUUGCGUUGUAUUGUCGGCAUGGGUUUAUGACAAAAAAAUGUUUGCUCCACUGUCGGGUUGAGAAUUUAAUGCAUUUGAUGCUCCCAUAAACUUAAUCAAGAUGAAUAAUUGAAUUGAAGAUAAUGCCGCUUAUUGCUCAGCGUCUGGGAAAUUUGCGUGGUCAAGUAGGGGCAAAAAGUAUUGGACCAAACUCGUAUUUAAUGUGAGAAACAUUGCGAAAAGUUGAAAAAUCUCUAUUUUUAUUAUUUUGAUAAUUGUUAUUAUUGUCUUCGCGGCCCACAGGGGGUCUUAUGUAUAUGCAAGUUUUUACUGGUAUCUAAUUUUCUCAUUCAUAUGUCAAAGGUAUUUUAUAUCAGAUGGUGUGCAUUUAUAGGUUUACAUUAUUUCGGUGUUGCCUGUAAGUUAGGCAGGUUUAAUAUAAUUUCUAUCAAUGAAAAGCGACGGAUGUAUGUAUUGAAGCGAUGAUUACUGUUCACCAUGCCUGAUGAAUUUGCAUGAAUUCGAUCUACGGUCCUGAGAAUAUUUCAUUGAAUGUAUUAUUGAACUGGGAUCUUUCAAGAUACAAAAACUUAUCACUGUUUGGAGUAACGUGAGUCCGGUAUCAUCAGGUGUUGGCGCUUCCAACUAUAACCAUUGCGAUGCAUGAACGGAGAUUUUUCUACGCCAUUAGUCUGUGCUGGUAUGGGGACCUUUUGCCCAGCUGAACAAUUGAGAGAUUCUAAGAGAACAGAAUUUCGUAAACGUGACAUAUAUAUUUGAAAAUAAUAGCGUUUUGAUACUGAUGAGUUGAUGAUUAUAGCAUGUGUGAGAAGAAAUAUUAUUUUUCGAACUAUUUGUAGCUUAUUCAUUAAUCGAAGAUUUGUAUGGAUUAACGGUUUUCAUUAAUCCAACGGUUUUCAUUAAUUAACGGUUUUCAUUUAGGACGAUAAUAAGUGCCACAAGAUGAACUCUAAGCAAGCGAUUCUUGCAUUCACUGCCUCUUUACAUUGAGCAUUUCAUACGAAAUGAUAGUUAUUGCUGUCUGUGGAUGCUUUAUAAAACAUGAUUAUUAAAUAUAAAAAAGGCUUGGAAUGUUCAUCAGUUGAUGGUGACAAAGAGUCCUUAUUUGAAGUAUGCCGUUCACGUGUAGUAAAUUCACUUCUUUAGCUCCUGUCUCGACGUUUUACUCCACGAAUAUUUGGCCAGCCGAGGAUUCUGUUCAGGUUAUGCGAUACGUGAUCUUCAUAAGUAUUUUUUGUUGGAGUUUGGGCAUUGUAGCUCUGAAUUAUAAAAUUAAUGUAUGUACCAUUUAAAACCUUGGAUAUUAUAAACAUUCUCGGUCGAAGUGAGUGAAGUCGACUUCUCGUGGCCACUUUGCAACUUCCGCUGGGCCAGGCGGUUUCCUUCAGCCCCCGUAGUUGAUGAAUUGGAAGCUUUGUUUAAAUUUAUCCAUUUCGUUCCAUUUACGCCGAUCGUAUAUUUUCGCGCAAGAGAUGAACCGCCUGCUAUCAUCUGCUGGAUCAACUGGGCGGACUGCAGCGGAGGACAGGAGGGAGCGACGCUCCACGUUGGGGCGCCGCCAAGCCGAAAACACUGCUGCGCGGCAGACCCGGGUUUUGUGUCCGUGCUUUGGCCCUCCGGGACAAGUCGUCCAGGAUGCGUCCAUCCACCACGAAGAGGUCCGGGCAUCGUAUGGGAAUUUUCACUGUUCCACGGCCAUGAACGCCCAGAGAGCAGUCGCUCCCACGCCCUCUUCUGCGUACAACUGCAGCAGUGGAAGAAGAAGGACGGCGACCACUUAGUGUGCGCUUAGUUGAUGCACAAGUGCGCACUAAGUGGUCGCUGUCCUGCUUCUAGUGGACCUUGCAGGCAACGAGCGUGGCAAGAAAACAGGCGCGACGGAGCAGCGUUUCAAGGAGGGCGACGUUGUCGUCAACUGCUGGACAAUUCCGUUUACCGAUUCACGUGAGGCUUCAAGUGAAUCGCACUUCAAGUUGCACAUGAAGUCAAGUAUUGUUAUUAAUGUCCUGCAUCCUAUGUGCGCACCAUGUGAACGGUUACAUUUUAAACAGCAUUAGUUUUAGCGUUCCACACAGGUGCUCUGUAACCGUACAAGCAUGAGCACUCCCUGCUAUUCAUAUGCAUUAAUGUAAGGAGCAAACGCUGCAACGAGGCUAUAUGGACGUAUCUAUAUUAUACUACAACGGCAUGGACGGUAUAGUUUUAGUAAAGCUUCAAUGACACUACGGUGAGACCGUCCUUUUACUCAGAUCUCCGUACCCGGUUGAGUAGAUAUAGAAGCGCAGAGACUAUGUUUAGAGUUGAUAAAUGCCUUAUUUAUAUCACUUGCUCCAGGUCUCUGUUGUUCAUCAUAAGUUGUGUCCAAUUUCGCUUGUUAGUCCGUACUUCCUAACUCAUGAGAAUAUGCCAUUUUGUCAAUAAAUUAUAUUUAUAA